GCCCAGCUGUCAGUCGCCCCCAGCUCGGCCAGCCGUGCGCAGCGCCGUACCGCCGCCCGUUCCGUUCGCCUCUCCUCCUCUGCGUCGUGUCCGACCUCGUGCCGGUGGACUUCCCUGCGCGGCGCGCAGCGCCCCCUGCGGGGAGCCCCUUGGAUUACCCUUUGCUCCCCGUCUGUGUUUGUGUGUGUGUGCCAGUGAUGUGCUGAGUGUUCUCUCGUGCGCGAGUGCGUGUCUGUGAGUGCGCCGUUGGAUGUGAUCCCUGGACGGACCCGUCCCCCCCCUCACCCUUGGUGCCAUGGGCCCCCCAGCGCCCCGCCGGCCCCACGGGCCCCCGCGGGUACACCUCGCCGGUCUUGGAUUUUGCUGUCUGCUGCUGCUGUUGUCGUCGAGCAUAUCAGGUGCCGGCGCGCUGCGGCUGCUAGAGCUGAGGGUGCCACCACACACCGUGGCCCGCCUACCCGUCCAGCUCGAGUGCCGCUUCGACAUGGAGGGCGAGACGCUGUACUCCGUCAAGUGGUACAAGGAUGGCCACGAGUUCUACCGCUUUGUGCCCACUGACACCCCCAAGCAGUUCAACUUCCAGGUGCACGGCGUCCACGUCUUGAUGAACAACUCGACGGAGACGCUAGUGGUUUUGCGGAACGUGACGCUGGCCACGUCCGGACGCUUCCGCUGCGAAGUGUCUGCGGAGGGCCCUUCUUUCCAGACCGUCUCGGACCACGGCGAUAUGACCGUUGUCG